CGGCCCGCGUCAGCACCGCCCCCUAUGGGCCCCGGCUGAGGCGCCGUCGGCCCGCAGAGCCCCAAUGCUGGCCCGGAGGAAGCCGGUGCUGCCGGCGCUCACCAUCAACCCGACCAUCGCCGAGGGUCCGUCCCCUACCAGCGAGGGUGCCUCCGAGGCAAGCCUCGUGGACCUGCAGAAGAAGUUGGAGGAGCUGGACCUGGAUGAGCAGCAGAAGAAGCGGCUGGAGGCUUUCCUCACCCAGAAGGCCAAGGUUGGCGAGCUCAAGGACGACGACUUUGAGCGGAUCUCAGAGCUGGGAGCUGGCAAUGGUGGUGUGGUCACCAAGGCCCAGCAUAGGCCAUCUGGCCUCAUCAUGGCCAGGAAGCUGAUCCACCUGGAGAUCAAGCCAGCCAUCCGCAACCAGAUCAUCCGUGAGCUGCAGGUCCUGCAUGAGUGCAACUCUCCCUACAUCGUGGGCUUCUACGGGGCCUUCUACAGCGAUGGCGAGAUCAGCAUCUGCAUGGAGCACAUGGUGCGAGCAGGGCUUGCAUGCAGGAGCCAUGGGGCAUUGGUGCCCACGGGACUCCAAGGCUGCCUGCGGUUCCAUUCACUGUCCUGUCCACAGGUGCUCCGGGGCCUGGCCUACCUCCGGGAGAAGCACCAGAUUAUGCACCGAGAUGUGAAGCCUUCCAAUAUCCUGGUGAACUCGCGUGGGGAGAUCAAACUGUGUGACUUCGGGGUCAGCGGGCAGCUCAUAGACUCCAUGGCCAACUCUUUUGUGGGGACACGCUCCUACAUGUCCCCAGAACGGCUGCAGGGCACACACUACUCUGUGCAGUCGGACAUCUGGAGCAUGGGUCUGUCUCUGGUUGAGCUGGCCAUCGGUCGGUACCCCAUCCCUCCACCUGAUGCCAGGGAGCUGGAGGCCAGCUUUGGCCGGCCCGUGUUAGACACAGCAGACGGGGAGCCACAAAACAUCUCACCACGGCCCAGGCCGCCUGGACGCCCCAUCAGCGGUCAUGGGAUGGAUAACCGGCCUGCAAUGGCCAUCUUUGAGCUGCUGGACUACAUUGUGAAUGAGCCACCUCCAAAGCUUCCCAGUGGUGUGUUCAGCGCAGACUUCCAGGAAUUUGUCAAUAAAUGCCUCAUUAAGAACCCCGCGGAGCGAGCGGAUCUGAAGAUGCUCAUGAGCCACGCCUUCAUCAAGCGCUCUGAGGUGGAGGAAGUAGACUUCGCAGGCUGGCUCUGCAGAACCCUAAGGCUCGACCAGCCCAGCACACCCACGCGCACCGCUGCCUGAUGGUCACCAGCCACAGCCACCGGCCCACCACCUAGGAACAUUUGUGUUCUCAGUCCGCCUCUGGGGAAGGUGACGCUGCUGUUGUCCUGGGACCUGCUUCUGUAGGUUUGAAAACCAAACAAAUCGGAAAGAAAAAGCAA